AUGAGCCUUUCCCAGGGCAGCGAUAGCUCGCCUUCCUCCACCGCCGAUUUGGAGAAGCUGAACCCUCCUGAGAACUCGUCUUCCGAUGUUGACAGCAAGGAAGACAUCCCGGCUCCAAAACCCGCUGGCCCCAACCCAGCAGACUUUCCUGAUGGCGGUCUGCGAGCUUGGACAGUUGUGGCAGGGUCCUGGUGCUGCAUGUUUGCGUCGAUGGGCUGGAUUAACUGCAUUGGAGUCUUCCAAGACUACUAUGAGCGUGACCAGCUCUCGUCGUACUCUGCUUCCUCGGUCGCCUGGAUCAGCUCCACGGAAACAUUCAUGAUGUUCCUCGGCGCCCCUAUUUUUGGCAAGGUUUUCGACAACUUUGGCCCUCGAUACAUGCUCUUAGGUGGCACAAUCUGCCACGUCCUGGGUCUGAUGAUGACCAGUCUGUCCUCUGAGUACUAUCAAUUCUUCUUGGCCCAGUCUAUUCUCAGUGCCUUGGGUGCCAGUGCUAUCUUCUACGGAUGCCUCAACCCUAUUGGAACUUGGUUCAUGAAGAACCGCGCGUUUGCUUUUGGCAUCAUCUCUGCAGGAGCCUCUCUUGCGGGUGUCAUUCUUCCGAUUAUGAUUGAUCGACUGAUUCCGACUGUUGGAUUUGCCUGGUCCAUGCGAGCAGUGGCAUUCAUGUUCUUGGGUUUGCUUAUUAUUGGGAACUUGACCAUUAGAUCUCGUCUACCUCCCAAGCCUACCCCAAUUGCCGCGAGCCAAUUCCUGGUUCCAUUCAAGGAGCCGCCAUUUCUUUUUGUUGCGCUUGGGAGCUUCUUCUUCUUUUGGGGAGUUUUUUUGCCGACUAAUUUCAUUAUCCUGCAAGCGCAGCAUGAUGGCAUGUCAUUAAAUCUCUCUGGCUAUCUCCUUGCUAUCUUGAAUGCUGGCAGCGUCAUCGGUCGUAUUCUCCCUGGCUGGCUCGGAGAUCGGCUCGGCAGGUUCAAUGUGAUGAUUGUCACCACCUAUCUCACCAGCAUCAUUGUUCUAGCACUCUGGAUUCCUGGACACGGCAAUAGCCCCAUUAUAGUCUUCUCGGCUUUGUUUGGAUUCACCAGUGGCACCUUUGUGAGCAUGAUUCCGGCUAUUGUGGCACAGGUGACAAAAGAUAUCCGUACCAUCGGUGUCCGCAACGGCUCGAACUUCUUCAUCAUUAGCAUUGCAGCCCUGACCGGAAAUCCAAUUGCUGGAGCUCUGGUCUCACACGACGGGGGUGGCUACCUGUACCUGCAAAUCUUUUGUGGACUCACAAUGUUCCUGGGCGCUACUUUCUUCCUCGUGGCUCGUGUGGUGCAGGUUGGUUGGAUCUGGAAGCGGAUUUGA